UCGUUCCCAGACUUCAACUUCAGGUCCUCUCAGAGCAUCCCUCCUCACCAACACUCCGCCAAAAAUACAAUGCGUCCCACCAGAACCGCAUUGGAAACCGUCACCCGAACUUGGCACUCGCUCGCCAACUUCGGCGGCCUCGACACCCGCGUCCUCGGCGGCAUGCGCGUCAUCACCGCAUCUCAAGAAACAGGUUCGGUGAAAUGCGAAAUGGAGGUCGAGAAGCAUCACUUGAACCGGCUUCAGGGGUUGCAUGGCGGUGCUAUAUGCACUCUGGUGGAUAUUGUGGGGUCGUUGGCGAUUGCGGCGAAGACGAACAACUCGCAUACUGGGGUGAGCAGUGACAUCUCAGUGUCUUUCAUGAAUGGUGGGAAACUGGGCAACAAGCUUGAGAUUUCAUCGACGUGUCAUAAAGCUGGACGGAACCUGGCUUACGCGACUGUCCAGAUCCACUCCGGGAACAAGCUGCUGGCAACCGGAAGCCACACGAAGUUCAUUGGAAACCCGCCGACAAAGGAUUUCCUCGACGAAAGCAAGUGAAUCCGGGUGGAACCCAUCUUUAGGAGGCGACAGCCGUGCAAAACGCGCACAUUCACUGGACUUACUGGGGAUCCAAACAUCAUCUACGACUUGGAUCAAUGCAUUAGAUUGUAGACUAUCAGCACUAGAUAGAAAGUUGACCAGGAAAUUUCUCAAUCUGGCGGUUAUUUCGGUACCUCUCACCCCAGUACAUCUUUGUGCAGAAGCAAGCAUUUCGAAA